AUGUCGCGGGCCGUGGUCCGCAGCGUGGGGGGUUUCGCCCUGGGCUUGUCCUUGGCCACGGCCUAUGGGCUCCUGGAGCUGCUGGUGGAAGAACACAGCCCCUGGGCCUGCCUCGUGGGCACCCUCACUCUGGCCGCCUUCCUCGGCCUGGGCAUGGGCUUCUCCCGCCAGGUCCGGGUCACCGUCCUCCUGCUGCUGCCCCAGGCCUUCUCCAAGCAGGGCCGGGCCCUGUUGAUGGUGGCUGCCUUUGGGCUGGUGCUGCAAGGGCCUUGUGCCAACACCCUGCACAACUUCACUCAGGCCAGCAAGGCCGUGGCCUGCGGGGCAGAGCUGGCCCUGAACCAGACCGCCGAAGCGCUGGAACGGGCCAAGCGGCCCCUCGUCAGUGCCCUGAACAAGAUUAAGGCCAUUGCCCAGAAGGCCAAAGAGGUGGCUGACCGGGUUCGCAAGUUCUUUCGGUCGAUCAUGGACGGCGUGAAGCACUGGGUACAGCACAGCCGGGCCCCCGACCACAGGCGUCUCCUGCUCCGGGGGCUGUCCCGGAGCCCCCCGGCCCCCUGGGGGGACGCUGCAGCCGCCCCCCCCCCCCCCCCGGCUCCCGCCAGCCGCGUGCCAGCCCCGCAGCCGUCCCCAGCCAGGGCACUGCGGAACGUGUGGUACUGGCUCCUUCACAUCGGGGACGUGUGCAACGCCGAGCUGGGCAACCCUUACGUGAAGUGCGCGCGGGUCUUCGACGGCGCCAAGGACAGCUGCAUGAAGACUGUACCGCGAGCCUAUCACCUGUGUUUCGUGCUCACGCCCUUCAAGCUGGUGCUGUGCGGACUGGCCAGCGUGGUCCAGGUGUUCUGCAUCAUCCCCGCGUACAUCCAGCCCUUCUUGCGCAAGACCAUUGGCCCCCCUGUGAGGCACUUGAUCAACCGGGUGCGUCAGGAGUUUGAGUUCAACGUCACGGCCACCCACCACUUCUCUGUGGAUCUCAACGCCUCCCGGAGCCUGUCCCAGGUGGCCCUGGACCUGCAGGAAGCCGUCGGCGUGAAGCUGCACCGCGUCCGAGAGGCCCUGGCCCUGAUGGGCUACACCGCGCCCCUGCUGCUCCCACUGCUCUACCUCCAAGCCCUGUGUUACCGGUACCGUUACCUGAACCGGCUCGGUUUCGACAACAUCUACAUCACCGGCCGAUUUCUGCUCAUGGAAGACGUCCGCUCCAGGGCGGGCCUGCCCACGGUGCUGCCGCUCAGCGCCCACGAGGCCCGACACUACAUCCAGCCCGGUUCCGUCUUCCUGUCCCGGUGGGAGCGGGUGUUCUAUAUCCUGGCAGUCUUCGACCUGGCCCGGUACCUCCUCCUCGUGCUCCUCCUGGUGUUCCUGGACUACGCCGUCUUCUGGGUGCUGGACCUGGCUCGGCACCAGCUGCAGGGGGAGAUCGUGGCCCGCAGCCCCGUGGCAGUGUCCAUAACCGUGGAGGGUCCCGGCUACGCCGGGAAGAUCUAUCGUGACCUGGUGUCAGCGUUUGACGUCCUGCAGCAGAGCAACGUCAGCGUCUUGUCCCCGCGCUGCGUCCUGCGCCCCUCGGAGCCUGAUGCCACGGGUUACGUCGUCAUCGGGACAGCAGCUCAGCGGGACUGCGUGCCCCCAGGCAUCAUGUACGGCCUGUGCUUCUUCGUCACGCUGUGUGGCCACUACGUCAGCAGGCUGCGGCGGGUCAUAUGUGCCUGGUACUACCCGUCCCGGGAGCAGGAGAGGAUCUCCUACCUGUACAACGUACUUCUGAGCCGCCGAACCAGUCUGUCGGCUGCCUUGCACCGAGCAGUGAGGCGGCGGGCGGCCGACGUGGGCCACACGAGUGUCCUGCGGACGCUGGCCAGGCGAUGCUCCUGUCUGGCUCCGGUGGCCGCCCACCUCUGGCAGGAGCAGGGUUACUGCCUGGGCUGUGGGCAGGGCUACGACCAGGAGGACACGGAGACCUUUGUGUCCUGCGCUACCCCUGGCUGCCCAGGUCUCUUCUGCUCCACCUGCUUUCGUCUCCUGGACAACGCCUGCUCCGUGUGUGCAUCUCCCCUGUCCCACCAGGGGGACCUGGACCCCGAGCUGGACUCCAGUGACGAGGAGGGCCCCCGGCGAUGGCUGGCCGCAGCCCGGAGACAGGACCCCGAGCGGGAGUGGUUACUGAGGCAACAGCUGCAGGAAACGCCGGGCAGGACCCUCCCUUCGGGGUCCAGCCCUGAGGUCAGUGACCUGGACGAGGAGAAGGGGCCCCCGUAG